UUGCAGCCUCAGCCUCUCUUCCUCUGCAAAGGAGCAGCACAGUCCUUGCCUCAGGAGAGAAACUAGAAGCAAAGCAAAGAGACCUUUUGAGUCCUGGUGGGAGCAGAGAUGGAGAAGAGAGUGAAGAUGGAAGAGCAGAACUUUGCUGGCCCUGAAGCAGAAAAUGUCUCCUGCAACAUCCAGGGAGGGAGCAGUGCAGAGCCCUGGGAAAGAACAGUGCAGAAGAACCAGCCUGGGAGUAACACCAGCUCAGACGUGGAGCUCCAGCACUUCAGGGACUUCUGCUACCUGGACGCUGAUGGGCCCCGAGAGUUUUGCAGCCUACUCCACCACCUUUGCCAUCAGUGGCUGAAGCCAGAAAGGAACACGAAAGCUCAGAUGCUGGACUUGGUGGUCCUGGAGCAGUUCCUGGCUGUCCUCCCCCCGGAGAUGGAGAGUUGGGUCAGAGAAUGUGGAGCGGAGACCAGUUCCCAGGCGGUGGCCCUGGCAGAAGGCUUCCUCCUGAGUCAGGCAGAGGACAAAGAACAGGGUCCGGUGACUUUUGAGGAGGUGGCUGUGCAUUUCUCGGAGGAGGAGUGGGCUCUGCUGGAUCCAGGCCGGAGGACUCUGCACAAGGAAGUCAUGGAGGAGAAUCGUGGGAUCCUGGCCUCUCUGGGUAAUUGCACGGAGAGCAAGGAGAAUGAAACAGAAAUUGAAGAGACGUGGGGAAUCAAGUCUAUUUUUUUGGAAAGGUUAGAAUUCCAUGAUAUUCCAAUGAUAGAAGAACGAUUUCACAUGGAAGAAAAAAGAUUUCAGUGCCUGGAGGGUGAGAAGCAAUUCAGUUGCAACUCAGAAGUUAAGCGACAUCAAAGAAUUCACACAGGGGAGAAGUCCUAUGAAUGUCUGGAGCGGGGAAAGAGUUUCAGUCAGAGCAGCAACCUUAAUAAAAAUCAAAGCACUCACACAGGGGAGAAGCCCUAUGAAUGCCUGGAGUGUGGAAAGAGAUUCUGUCACAGCAGCUCCUUUAAUAAACAUCAAAGAAUUCACAGAGGGGAGAAACCCUAUGAAUGCCUGGAGUGUGGGAAGUGCUUCAGUCAGAGCAGCAACCUUAAUCAACAUCAAAGAAUUCACACAGGGGAGAAGCACUAUGAAUGCCUGGAGUGCGGAAAGAACUUCAGUCGGAGCAUCCACCUUAAUCAACAUCAAAGAGUUCACACAGGUGAGAAGCCCUAUCGAUGCCUGGAGUGUGGAAAGAGGUUCAGUCAGAGUGGUCAACUUAAGUUGCAUCGAAUAAUUCACACGGGCGAGAUGCCCUACAAAUGCCUGGAGUGCGGAAAGAGCUUCAGUCAGAGCUACACCCUUAAUCAACAUCAAAGAAUUCACACAGGUGAGAAGCCCUAUCGAUGCCUGGAGUGCGGAAAGAGCUUCAGUCAGAGCAGUCACCUUAAUAAACAUAAAAGAAUUCACACAGGAGAGAAGCCCUAUGAAUGCCUGGAGUGCGGAAAGAGCUUCAAUCAGAGCGACAUCCUUAAUCAACAUCAAAGAAUUCACACGGGCGAGAUGCCCUACGAAUGCGUAGAGUGUGGAAAGAGAUUCAGUCGGAGCAGCAGCCUUAAUAUACAUCAAAGAAAUCAUACAGGGGAGAAGCCCUAUGAAUGCCUGGAGUGUGGAAAGACCUUUAGUCAGAGCAGCCACCUUAAUCAACAUCAAAGAAUUCACAGAGGGGAGAAGCCCUAUGAAUGCCUGGUGUGUGGAAAGAGAUUCAGUCAGAGCAGCAACCUUAAUAAACAUCAAAGCACUCACACAGGGGAGAAGCCCUAUGAAUGCCUGGCGUGCAGAAAGACCUUCAGUCAGAGUAGCCAACUUAAUCAACAUCAAAGAAUUCACACAGGCGAGAAGCCCUAUGAAUGCCUGGAGUGCGGAAAAAGAUUCAGUCAGAGCGGCAGCCUUCAUAUACAUCAAAAAAAUCACACAGGGGAGAAGCCAUAUGAAUGCCCGGAGUGUGGAAAGAGGUUCAGUUACAGUCAUCAUCUUAAAUUGCAUCUAAUAAUUCACACGGGUGAGAUGCCCUAUGAAUGCCUGGAGUGCGGUAAGAGAUUCAGUCGAAGCAGCCACCUUAAUCAACAUCAAAGAAUUCACACAGGGGAGAAGCCCUAUGAAUGCCUGGAGUGCGGAAAGAGAUUCAGUCAGAGCAGCAAACUUAAUCAACAUCAAAGAAAUCACACAGGGGAGAAGCCCUAUGAAUGCCCGGAGUGCGGAAAGAGGUUCAGUCAGAGCAGCAACCUUAAUAUACAUCAAAAAAAUCACACAGGGGAGAAGCCCUAUGAAUGCCUGGAGUGCGGAAAGACCUUCAGUCAGAGCAGCCACCUUAAUCAACAUCAAAGAAUUCACACAGGGGAGAAGCCCUAUGAAUGCCUAGAGUGCGGAAAGAGCUUUGCUCGCAGCGCAGCCCUAAAGAGACAUCAAAGAAUUCACACAAAGGAGAAGCCAUAAAACUGCUCAGAGUCUGGAAUGCAAUUCAGUCACUGAUUGCAGUAUCCCUCUCAAACGAUCCAAGCGCUGUGAAUGAUUUGAAUUUGGAAAGCGUUUAAGUUUCACCACGAACCUUAGUAACCAACACAGCAUCCACACAGGUGAGAAACCCUAUCAGUGCUCAGUUUGUGGAAAGAGUUUCAAUCACAGUGUGAAUCUUAAAGCACGUCAAAAUAUCCACACAGGCCUGAAGCCCUAGAAAGCGCAAAGAGCUUUCCUUACAGGACACAUGUGGAAUCGCAUCCUGCAAUUCCCACAGGGGAAAAGCCCUACAAGG